GCAGUGCGAUAUCAUCUCGCAGCAAUUGCAUUGAACGCCUGAGAACGCCGCUGUGCAGAUCUGAUAAGGCAUACCGAAGCGCACGCGAGUGAAAGCAUUUUGGAAAUUUGAAAAAAAUAAGUGAUUUACUUAAACCAAACGAACACACACACGCGCAGUCGCAUAUAUCAAAUUUUGUAGAUUGCUGCACGCUCGUGGGUAUUGCCGUGCGAAUGGCUCCGAACCGAAAACUGGUUAAUGAGUAAUGAAAUGAAACGCAAGACUCGUCUCGCGGUGCACCAAUUUUCAAUUUGAUUGUGCUUGAAUUCGAAGUUAGCUUACCUACUUUUUGAAGUGGCGCGCAAAUUUAGUUGAACGCAGUAAGUCAACGGUAACGGUUGUGUUGUGUGCUAACAGUUUCAAGAAUAUUCUAACGAAUUGCAUUAAUUCGAAAUUAAGUGAAUAUAAAAUAGUGAUAUAUUCGCUUGGAGAAGGCGUUAAAAGUUUUGAAAGCAAAGCUGCAUAUAUAUUUUAAUGAAAAAACAAGCAAAUUUGAAUAUCAAUUUUCAAAUUAGCAUUAAAAGUUUCAUUAACCCUUGUCUGACGGUGAAGAUACAAGCGCUCAGCUCGAGCUAAGGCGUUGUUAACCUACUUUUUUAAUUGUUUUCGAUUGAGAUUUCGAAAUUUUAAUGACACAUCACAUGGAUUCCGGCAUAUCCAUAAAUAAGGAGCAAAUGGAUCCGUAUAUGAAGGCCACGCAUACCAAACGCUUUAUCGUGGAGGAUUCAAUAACCAAAGUGACUUCUGAUGGCGAACCACACGAGAUGAUGACCAUGAUCGCCGGACUCUCUGGACUUCUCGCUGCCAUGGUCAUAUUAGCUGUACUAGUAUCUCUAGUGAGCUGCAAGAGCGGCAAGAAAGUAAGACAUUGUAAAAAUUGUCCGCGCACCGCAAAUGGAAAAGCUGGCAACACCGCACGCGUUUGCAGUUUGGAUGAGAACAGCACACGUUCGACCACAAGCCUCGAAGAGGGCAACUCCGUGCCACCAACGCCCAUAUACAAUCCCGCCGUUUCGGUGAUUUCUUCUGGUAAUCUCUCCGGUAAUCUAAACUCGGCAUUUAUGGGCAGUGAGUUGAAUUUGACGAAUACGCUGUCGAAGCCAAAGAAGAAGACGCACUGGAGUGAUGAGGUGAAUGCGAAAGUGCAUGUGAAGGAGACCGCUGUGGAUAUCGAGCGUUUUUGAAGCUUAAGAAGGAAGAAUUUCUUCGAAGAAAUUGUUGGAGCAAAUAAAUUUCGUAAAAUAAAUAUGAAUUUAUGCGCAUGCGCGAAUUGAGCUUGUGUGGGUUGAUGUUCAGAGCGCGCUGGUGGAAAUGUGAAGACUGAUUUGGAGAGGUUUUUCUCGCAAAAGCUUACUUCGUUCGUUUUUUUUUUUGUUAUUGUUUUAGUUUUAUAGCAAUCAAUGUUUAGCAGUUUAAGCACAAAAAGUAACAAGGAAAAUAUUACUAAACAAUUAGUUUAAGCACAUGAUUACCUGAUAACUGUAAAUAUAGUUGGAGAAUUUUCACGAUAAGCACCGUUAAUAUCUCUAAAUGCAUUUUAGCUAUGAAAAUAUCAUAAAUACUUUAAAAAAAUAUUUUUUAGCAAAAACACGAUUGAA